AUAAAAAGCUUACUGUUCUUACUCUUAUUACAAUAAUUCUAUUAUUCGUUAUUGUGAACCACGUAAAGAAAUAUUUCAAAACCAAUACUCAAUGAGUACCAAAUCACCGUACAUUCCACCGAAUUGUGGUAGCAAAAUCGUCGGCAUUUUUGUAAAAUUAUCGCACAUGAUUUAGUACAAUUAGAUGAUAACAGCGUGCGGUGUUACCGUGGGUUGUUUGCAAGCAGCCUAACGAUGUAAUAUGAUUUUCGACACUGUUAAUGUAUCGAAUGAGAGUUAUCCUUCAAAUUCAUCGUACUCGCCAAAAUAAGAUGCUUCAAGGUCCGCGCCUUAAUCUGUUACGAGCUUUUCUAUUUGCGCUUGAACUCUAUCAAAUUAAAGUUUUAAAGCAUAUAUAUAUACAUGUAUUUCGCUACAUGAAGUUUCUAUCAAAUGUUUAAAGCGAAUUAAUAUUGACCAACUCAGAGGAAUUUAUCUAAGCAAAUUGGACCACUUAACGAAUAUUAAUGUACUUGACGUACAUAGAUGACUAUGAAAAAUUAUUGCAACGAAUGAACUGUAUAUUAUGUAAAAAAAUUCAAUAUCGUAUACACAGAGAAGGUUUGCUCAAGAAACAGUCGAGAAACGAUUUUAUUCAUUCUGCUUUUGGAAUCAAACGGUCCAAGUUAUGCAACGAUUGUCAAAAUCUACAGAUUGUUACCAGCUUUAUCUUCCCAUCGUGGUUUCAUCUUGACCAAUUUUUUGACCUGCAGACAAUUCUCCGUGCUCGAUAGGAAUGCUCAACUAUAGUAAAGUAUGAAAAACCUAAUAGUUUAAAAACAUCUGUAAAAAGAAAUGUCCAAUAAUAUAAUCAUUGACAUAACCGCCGCAUGCAAUUCCGAAAUAAUUUCUUUUUUUCUCGCGCUAAAAUCUAGAUGAUUAAUUUUAUAACGUAAAAGGUUUAUCAAUAUCAACUGUAUUACUGAAAAUAAAAAUGUGUUGAUAAGAACUCAAAAAGGGGGAACAAUAAUAUGCAUUAAACAGGCAGAAAAGAUAUUACCGUCUAUCUUCGUGGAUUAUGAGAUCUAAUAUGUAUAAUUAUGUUGUUUGAUAUCAACCGUCAUAAUUCUUCUAAUUUUUGAGUUUCCGGCACGUUUUCGCAAGAUCGACGCAUUGAUAAUAAACUAUAACGCGAGACCCUAUGACCUCGAGCGAGUCUUGGAUGAUAUAUUGAAAUUCUCAUGAACGUUGACUCUUUCUAAGCACGAAGCAAUGUUCACAUUUUGUGUUUUGAGAUUAUACAUUAUUCGUAAUGGUUAAGAAUUUAUAUUAUUUUAAUUGAAGAGUUGUAUAAUAUCGGGUCGAUAUAAAAGAAAAUGUAUACAGAAAAGUAUUUUAAUAUUUUUCUAACAUCACAAAAAAUUAUACUGUUUUAAACUAUUCUAUUUUAUAAACUUAUAGAUUUAGGAAGGAAAUAUAAAAAUGGUAUUGAAUGCGUGUUCUGAAAAAAAUUUUUUUAUUAAUAGCAAACAUCAGUGUUCGUGAUCGCGACACCCACGCGACAAUUAGUACAUCGCGUCUAUUCUCUAAUUCUUCAAUCGUACAGAAUUGUUCAAUAAAAUUGGUAAAAUCGAUUUUUAAAGUUCUGUACAUAACGAGGAUUUGACUACAUCCAUCGAGUCAAGCGAAGAAAAUCCAAUAAAACCAAUAAAUAUUUACGUCUUCAGAUCGUGUGUCCUCGUCACAAAGGCAGAAAAUAUCUUAAUGAUUCGACUCGCACGUGUUCUAGUUUCUUCCCUUAUUACGUAAUAAUUAGUUUCUGUAAUAAAUUGAAAAUAAUGCUAAACGUUUGAUUUCCUCGCAAUAACAUAGUCUUGUCCUUAUUCAUAAGAUCAAUGAGCAAUGCCUUCACCGAUCUUAAAAAGAUUUUGGCUGAGAAAAUUCCUAAAGAACAGGAGCGUGUCGCGGCUUUCCGUAAAAAGUACGGAACCACCAAAGUUGGAGACGUUACCGUGAACAUGAUUUAUGGUGGUAUGCGCGGGAUGUUAGGACUUGUAUGGGAACCAUCGGUUCUAGAUCCUGAAGAAGGUAUUAAAUUUCGAGGAAAAUCGAUUCUGGAAUGCCGGAAGAUUCUACCGAAAAUCAAACACGAACCACUUCCGGAAGGUUUGUUCUGGCUGCUGAUUACCGGUGAUGUUCCUACGGAAGCCCAAGUGAAAGAAAUCUCUAAAGAAUGGGCCUCCAGAUGCGCAUUACCUGAUUACAUAGUCAAAACUCUGAACAACUUCCCCAAGUCGGUUCAUCCCAUGCAUCAAUUCUCCGCGGCGCUCACUAUUCUAAGUACAGACAGUAUAUUCAAAAAAGAAUACGAAGCAGGUAUACACAAAUCCAAAUAUUGGGACGCCGCUUACGAAGAUAUAAUGAACCUGAUUGCCAGAUUACCCGUACUCUGUGCCAUGAUAUACAGAAACCUUUACAAGGAUGGCAAACUCGGGGCAUCUGUGGACCCAGGCGGAGACUGGUCUGGCAAUUUCGCAAAAAUGCUCGGUUACGACGACCCACAAUUUGCUGAACUUUUACGAUUAUACCUAACGAUUCACGCUGAUCAUGAAGGUGGAAAUGUAUGUGCGCACACGACCCAUUUGGUGGCUUCGACAUUGUCCGAUCCCUAUUCGGCAUUCGGCUGUGGAAUGAGCGGUUUGGCAGGUCCUCUUCAUGGCCUUGCAAGUCAAGAAGUAUUGCUAUGGCUAAAGAAGGCGUGCGCUGAAAUCGGAGAUAGUCCCACUGAUGACGAGCUGAAAGACUUUAUUUGGAAGACGCUGAAGAACGGUCAGGUCAUUCCUGGAUACGGUCAUGCCAUACUCAGAAAGACUGAUCCUAGGUAUAUAUGCCAAAGAGAAUAUGCAAUGAAACACAUGCCGGAUGACAAACUAAUCAAGCUCGUUGCUCAAGUGUAUAAAGUAGUUCCCCCCAUUCUUAUGGAACUUGGUAAAGUAGCAAACCCAUGGCCAAAUGUAGAUGCUCAUUCGGGAGUUCUCUUACAAUACUAUGGAAUGACAGAGAUGCAAUAUUACACUGUCCUGUUCGGAAUAUCACGUGCUCUUGGUGUUCUGGCAUCUCUCGUUUGGUCUCGUGCUCUCGGCCUUCCAAUAGAAAGACCCAAAUCCAUAAGCACCGACAAGCUUAUGGAAUUGGUUAAAGCUAAAUAAAAGAAAACCAUUCUUAUUCGUGAAAAAUUAUGUUCACUAAAGCUUUCUAAAUAGCGUUUUUGCAACAUAGAACGAACUUAUAUACAAUUUAAUCGUCAAGCUCUUUAAGAAAAUGCGUGCAUUAACGGUAAACAAAAUUCAUUGUAAAUAUACGUGUUGCUUUUUAUUAACUUAUGCAAUAACAAUUUUAGAAAUAAAAAUGACAUAAUUCAUUGUACAGUUAGUAAAUCACUAAACAUUUACUGCUGUCUGAUCCUGUGGUGAAAUUUACACGUGUGUACCGACUAACAAAAGCCACUCGAAGGAUCAGUCUCGUGAUGAGACGCAAGAAAUAAAUUGAUCAGCCGAGAAUUUAGAAUCUUUUUGACUUCUGGUUUCUCCAUUCGCGGCAAGUUCGUUUUCGGCUCGUCCAUCGAUUUAUUAAUUGUUAAUAUUACCAAUAUAUAUAAUAAUAUUGUCAAUCAUUGUAUUUUGUAUCGAUCACCUCCUUUCCGUGGAUCUUUAUCUAUGGGAGGGGAAAGUUUUCCGUGAGUGUGAGAGUGUGGAAAGCGAUAAGUAAUUUUUUCGCAAUGGUGAAGAAAUUUUCAAAGCUUUUACCAUUCGAUUACUAGACCAUUAGAAAUUGUUUCUUCGGAAUUUCGUAAUUUCUAUCACCUGUAGAUACUUUCUAAACAAUUCACACUGUUUAUUUAUUAUACAUUUUAAUUAUUAUUCAUAUAUGAAAGGAAGGAAUAAAAUAUAGUAAAAUAUAUAAUUUAA